AUGUAGCCCUCAUUAAGCUAACGAAAACCGCUGAAAUAACGUGCCAACUACGUCUCCACGUAUCGUUACACGUGCCUAGAUGUUUUUUAUGAGUGAUUGAACCCAUGGUUAAUCUAAGAUCCGGGGGAAAGCCUGACUUAACGAAGGAUUACGUGCCAACGCGUAGGAGAAGAAAUCCACAAACGCCUGAAGCACAAGAAGGAUUGGGUGUGGGCUUACCAACACCUGCAAUGAACCGAAAAGUGACUGCCCCUGGGGUGUUUGAGCCGGACGAAACCAUCGCAGAGGAACAGUCUGAUGAGUCCAACGUAUAUGAAGACCCGGUUGAAGGCAUCAGUGAGAUGUCAGGCAAUGCGGGGGGCCCAAGUGGCCGGAAUGACAAUAGCUCUGUGAGUGAGGAGACUCGCAUGAGACUAGAAAUUGCAAGACUCCAGCAUGAAGUUGAGCGAAUGAAGGCAGGCAGGGGUGAAAAUGAAGAGCUCAGUGCAGAUUUGAUGAACUAUCUUCAACGGAAGGGUAGGACAUCUGCAUUGGUGAAGAUCCUUAAUGAAUUCAGGGAUCAAGUAAGGCCUAUAAAGAAGCCUGUUGUACUCACUGGCUCUGCAAAUUAUCCUAUGUGGAAAGAAGAGAUCCUGCUUGCAGCAAGGCAAUCUGAAAUGGAUGACAUUCUUAAUGACAAGCAGGUUAAUCCUGAUGAGGAUGCCAGCAUGGAUAUGCAACGUUUUUGGUCAGAAUGGAAUAUCUGGCUAUACAACUACAUGUGGUCUGCGAUUGCCCCGCAGGCCAAAUCCCACUUUAUUAUACCCAAGGAGUCCCAACUAUCUGCUUAUUCUCUAUGGUCUGUCAUAGAGGAUAAUUUCGCUGAGAGGCCUGCUGUCCGCAGAACUCGCCUGUUCCAAGAAUUGAUUGAGAUGAUGUCAAAAUCAAAGGGUUCUGAUCGCGCAUUUAUCGAAUGUUUAAUCGCAAUCAGGACUGAUUAUAUCCGAUUGGGAUAUAAUGUCGAAGAUUUCAUGUUUUUUGACAGACUUCUUACAGGGGUUAGUAAAGGUUGGUCAUCUUUUAUAAAGAAUCGAAUGGAUGCAAUAGAGAAGGAUGAGAAUGCUAGAACACUUGAAGAUGAUUUCAUGGGAUUGUGUCGAGAUAUUCUUCUACGAUUGCCAGCUACUGGCGAACCUCCCACCUCCGAUGGAAAGACCCCUGCAAAUAAUGCUCAAGAUAAGGAGAAGGAGAAGGUCUCUGAGGACAAGGACAAAGAUUUCACCAAGCUGGAUAGGAAGGGUAAUAAUGCUACCAAAACAUGUUACCAUUGUCAGAAGAUUGGCCACAUUCAAACAGAUUGCUGGUUGAAAUUUCCUGAAAAACGCCCUACUAGCCGCGGUAAGGACAAGGAUAAAGACAAGGAUGCGGAGAAUACGGGUGCUGCUCCUGUUCACAAUGUCAUGGAGCAAGUAUUUUGCAUCAAGGAAAAGGCCUAUGCGAGUGGCCAGACAGGAAAAGAUACCUGGAUCCUAGACUCUGGAUCGGGCGCCCACGCCACACCCCACAGGGAUCUUGUCGUGGCAAAACCUCAGAAGGUGAAAGUGAUGUUGGAAAUGGCAGACGGAACGGUGGUCCCUGCUGCAGCUAUAGAAGAUACGAAGAUUCCAGUGGAAGGGGCGGAUAUGCUGUUAAAUGAUGUCUGCUAUGUCCCGAAGUUAGAAGUGAACCUCAUGAGUAUGGGUAAGCUUGUACGUCAGGGUUAUACCUAUAAGCAGUUGACAUAUGGGAAUAAUCAUGCUAUGUUGAUUAUGUCUCCCGACCGCAUGUUCUCAUUUACAGCAAGAUUAAAUGAGAAUGAUAUCUAUGAGAUGGAAAGGCCGGUUACAUACAGAGACUUGAUCCGAACUUACGAUGAUGCAAUGGCAUCAAAAGCUAGGACACCUAAAUCCCGCGGAUAUUGCAAAAAUGGCGGCAGACCCACACCUAGGGAUGAGAAUUAUUGGCCAACGAGCUUUACCAUUCUGCAAAGUCCGUGUCCAGGCAAAAAUGACAUGUCCAACCUUCACACCUAUGACACGAGCUGUCAAGCCGGCAAUGAGAUUCUUCAUCGAUCUGGCAGGGGGUGGAAAAACACUUUUCGACGGGAAUGACACCCCCACUAGGGGGGGUGCAAGUUAUUGGUUGGGUAUAACAGAUGAUGCAACCUGUU